UUAAGAAGUCAGCUCAACAUGACCGUAGACAUUCAGUGACACCAGAUGGAAGUGAGAUGAAGAUUCACAGUAUUAUCAUCCAACACCCAUGAGUGGAGGUGGCUGAUUGGAACACAUGGCGAAGGAAUACAGGCGUGAGCUGAAGAUCCAUCUCAGCGGUGGGGUUCCGCCCACUCCUCCAACCUCACCUCCACCACCCCAGCCUCCAGUGCUCCCACCACCACAGCGCCCCCAGCAGGACACCAGAGGAACAGCCCCGAGUGCUUUGGCAACUAAUAACAGAACAGCUGACUACCAAGUGCAACCUGGGAAAACCACUCAGGGUUUGCGGCCUGUUCGUCCUCCUCCCCCUCCACCCUCAAAAGCCGGGUCUCUAACCAGGCAACAAUCUAUCGAUGAAUGCAAGCCCACUGUGGAACCCCUGUAUAUUGAACCAGAUGAGCUCCAUAAUCGAGAGAAGGGUUUCAGCCCUGGUCGGCCUCCUCCUCCUACACCCUCAGAAGUCGGGUCUCUAACCAGGCAAGAAACUAUUGAUGAUUACAAGCCCACUGUAGAACCCCUGUACAUUGAACCAGAUGAGCUCCAUAUCCGUGAGAAGGGUUUGAACCCUGGUCGGCCUCCUCGCCCUCCACCCUUAAAAGCCGGGUCUCUAACCAGGCAAGAAUCUAUAGAUGAAUACAAGACUGAGCCUGCUAAAGAGCCACUGUAUAUGGAUGUUCUGCCUGACCCGUUUAACACUCAGCCCAACAGACUGCACCACUCUGUGUCUGAGAAUCCUGGUGGCUCCUGGAGCGACAGUGUCUCUCCCAGGUCAUCUAAACAAAGAGCGGCUGAAAGACAGAUGAUCCAGUACCAGCUCUCUCUCCCAGCCAGACUUCCACAAGGGCUGGACACCACUCAGAAAAUGUCAAAGGAAGAGCUGGAGAUUCUUCUGGAGUGGUGGAACACAACCAAAGGGACAGAGAGCAUAUAUCACCAGUUCGAUGAAAACAAUUUGACGAUGAUCUCCAAUGAGGCCCACCGGGUAAGACUGGCGCUGCACCUGUUUGAGGGCCUCAUGUUCUUCCGAUGUCAGAUCUUCAACGACCACAUCACCCAGCUCUACUGCUUGGCCGACAAACUGGACAAGCUCCACAAAAAAACGAAGAUCGCUGGCAUCGCAGGAGGCACCUCGGCCGCCGGCGGGGUGGCGGCGAUCGCAGGUGCGGUCCUGGCACCUCUGACCUUCGGGGCGUCGUUGGCGGUGACCGCCGUUGGCAUCGGAGUGGCCGUGGCAGGCGGCGUGAGCGGGGCAUCGAUAGCGGUCAAGAACAAAAUGUCCAACACCAAGGAGAGGAAGAGAGUAGAGGAGAUUGUGCAGAACUACAAGAUGCAGAUGGAGGAUGUGGAGGCAUGUCUCAACUUCAUCAGCACGGGGAUGGAGUGCUUGAUGAAGUGCAACCUCGGCACCCUGCGGACCGUGGACGAGGACGCCAUGAGAGUGGUGAGGUUGACACAGGUGGUUGGCAGCCAAUCGAUUUCUCUGAGAGCGAACGGAAGGUCCUCUGGUGUUCUGGACGGCUUCGCAAUGAGCAUGGACAUCUAUUUCUCCAAGGAGGACCAGGAACAGAUCAAGAAGGGCUCAGAGACCAAGAUUGCCAGAAAGAUCCGGGAGCUGGCCAAGCAGUUGAAAAGUGGCCUUGACCAGUUGAUGCAGAUCAGGGACACAGUUCGCUCUGCUGUCGAGCAGGUGGUGAUGUGGUAGGCUGUUGUUUUGUGUACUCAGGUCAAUGUACCUUAGAUCACUACAAAAUGUAUACAUCCAAAAGUAAAGACUAUCUUCCUUUACAUAGCUCACACAUCACUGUUUGUGAUCACUGUUUUGUAUGUUUCAGUAGAAUCUUCUAUAUCAGAUUCUCGCGGUUGGGUUGCAACAAUUCUCCGGGUUUGUGUCAUUGUAAAUAUCAUUCUUAUAUGCACUGUGUAUUUUUAAAUGCAAUUUGAGCAAUAUUUCAUUAAGAAUUCUGUUUUCUACAAUG